AACCUGGGGCCUGCCCUCCCCCACUCCAGGCCAUGAGGAUUCUGCGGUUAAUGAUGUUUGCUCUGGUGACAGGGCAUGUAGGGGGAGAGACCAGGAUCAUCAAGGGGUUCGAGUGCCCCCCUCAUUCCCAGCCCUGGCAAGUGGCUUUGUUCCAGAAGACACGGCUGCUCUGUGGGGCAACCCUCGUCGCCCCCAAAUGGCUCCUGACAGCAGCCCACUGCCGCAAGCCGUGGGUGCACUCAUGUCUCCCCCUCCCCUAUGCCUCUCGCCCCACCUCCUGUCUCUCUCUACCUUUCCAUCUCUGACCACCAUCUCUCCCACCUCAGCCGAUACGUAGUUCACCUGGGGGAGCACAACCUCCAGCGGCGGGAUGGCUAUGAGCAGACCCGAAUAGCGAGUGAGUCCUUCCCCCACCCAGACUUCAACAACAGCAGCCCCAACAAAGACCACCGAAAUGACAUCAUGCUGGUGAAGAUGACGGCGCCAGCUUUCAUCACCCGGGCCGUGCGGCCCCUCACCCUCUCAUCAUGCUGUGUCACUCCUGGCACCCGCUGCCUCAUUUCCGGCUGGGGCACCACAUCCAGCCCCCAGUUGCACCUGCCCCAUACCUUGCGAUGUGCCAACAUCACCAUAAUCGAACACAAGCAGUGUGAGGACGCCUACCCUGGCAACGUCACAAACACCAUGGUGUGUGCCAGUGUUCAGGAAGAGGGCAAGGACUCCUGCCAGGGUGACUCUGGGGGCCCUCUGGUCUGUAAUGGGUCUCUUCAAGGCAUUAUCUCCUGGGGUCAGGAUCCAUGUGCUGUCACCAGAAAGCCCGGUGUCUACACAAAGGUCUGUAAAUUCGUGGACUGGAUCCAGGAGACUAUGAAGAACAAUUAGCCCGGACCAGCUCACCACAGCCCAGCACGCUC